CCAAUAUGCUCUCUUGUUCUUCAAACGAAGUAAGUGCAGCUCAAACGGAGGCGUGAAGCUCCAGGGUUACUUCUCGCCUCUUUCCACCAGAACACAAAUUCAACAAAACGAGUCGAUGUAAACAGUUUCUCUGAGCAUUAGAGAACGGUUGUUUCCGCUCAGUUCCAACCCGCUAUGGGCGCUAAUAACAGCACGCGUCGGGUCUCGUUUGAGUCCGACGACAACGAGAACAUCACGGUAGUGAAGGGCAUACGGCUCUCAGAAAAUGUCAUCAACCGCAUGAGGGAUGGUGGGAGUUCCCCUCUGCCGCAGAUGAAACCCCCAGCAGCCGUCACACCUCCUCCUCAUAGCACCACCUACGGCCCUCCUCCUCUCCUGCGUCCAAUCCCCCCCCCCUUCGACCCCGUCACCUCCAUGCCCGCCCCUCCACGCGUAGCGGCCGUGGCACCCCCUGCCAGUGAGGAGAAGCUCAAACCCUUACCUCCUACCCCCCCUCCCAUUGAACAGGUAGAAGCACCCACCAUCCUAGACGUGGUUCUCCCGUGUCCUCCAACACCCCCCCUGGCUAAGGCUGUUGCUGCUCCUGCUCCCGCCUUUGAACCCAUGGCGCCUCCUGCUCCUGCUGCUCCUGCUGCUCUGGAAUCACUAACUGGGCAACCAACUCCUCCUCCGGCUGGGCUGGAAUCCAUAGAUUCACUGCAAUCUUCAGUCCAUGAUUAUCCUCCCCCUCCUCCUCCUCCUCCUGUAAUCGAGCCUCCUGUAACCUCCCAUUGCAUAAUUGAACCCCUUGCUCCUCCUGCUCCUCCCGCCACGAUUGAACCCAUUGCUCCUGCUCCCGCUCCCGUCAUAAUUGAACCCGUUGCUCCUGCUCCCGCUCCCGUCAUAAUUGAACCCCUUGCUCCUCCUGCUCCUCCUGUAAUGAUGGAACCCAUUGCUCCUGCUCCCGCUCCCGUCAUAAUUGAACCCAUCGCUCCUGCUCCCGUUCCCGUCAUAAUUGAACCCAUUGCUCCUGCUCCCGCUCCCGUCAUAAUUGAACCCAUUGCUCCUGCUCCCGCUCCCGUCAUAAUUGAACCCAUUGCUCCUGCUGCUCCUCCUGCUGUGAUGGAACCCCUCCUGGCCCCUCCCUCUCCUCAAUCAGAGCCCCUGUCCUCCUCUCCGGCCAUCGAGGCCGUCACCAUGCUCCCCCUGCCGCCCCCCGCUGAGCUGAUCACCGCACCUCCCCUGCACCGGUUCCUUUCUCCCUCUGAAACACCUCCUCCUCCCCCACCUAACCCUCCUCAGCCCCAGGUACUGCCCCUCCCCCCGGCUCCUGCCCCGGAGCCAGCGGCGCCCCCGCAGCUUCGGGAGACCACUGCAGCCCCGCCCUCCGUGGGCACCCCCCCUGUGGAUGAAGAAGCUCUGAGGAAGAGGAUCCGCGAGGAGCUUCAUAACGGCCUGGAGCAGGAGAGGGCCAAGGCAGAGCAGGAGCUGCAGGCCUGGCUGGAGGCGGAGAAGGAUGCGGCGGCGGCGCUGGCCCAGGCCGACGCCCAGGCCCGCGUGCAGCAGGAGGUCUCCCGGGUCCUGACGGAGGAGCGCGCCCUGUCCCGGGACGGCCUGCACGCCGCAGUGCUGCGGGAGCGCGCCUCGGCCGACGACGAGAAGCUCCGCGCCCAGCGCUACGAGGUCUACUGCAAGGCUAAGCAUCUGGAGGUGCGGGAGGCAGAGCUGAGGAAGCAGGAUCUGUUCUACCGGCAGCAGGUGGCCCGGCUCGAGGAGAGGAGUGCCCAGUUCUACAAGGUCACCACGGAGAACUACCACAAGGCCGCAGACCACGUCAACGGCAAAUUCAGGCGCUACGAGACCCACCCCGUGUGCGCAGAGCUCCAGGGUGAGAUCCUGAAGUGCUACCAGGAGAACGCCGGGAAGACCCUGCAGUGCUCCGGCAUCGCCGCGCGCUACCUGGAGUGUGUGGACGGCUCCAAGCAGAACAAGUCGAGGAACGGAGGGUAGAGCGGAGGAGAACGACCCGCCGGAAGGAACCGGCAAGAGAGAGGUUCUCCACGGAGGACCCGGCGCUAACGAUGACCUCCCCCCCUCCGAGGAGCGGAGUGGGCCGCCUCAGAACCCAGACACACACCAGACCCCAGCAGACCACCGGACCUCACCGGAACCGGUCCGAGACACGGGCGCCAGCGGAGAGCGGGAAAUGAAGAACCGUUCUCCCCCACAGACUCCUGUCCUCCCCCUCACUCUCCCCCCGACUCCUCACCCUUCACCCCCCCCAGCCCUCCCACGUCUGUCUCCCUCACAGUCCGACCUCUGGCCUGAGGCGCUGGAGUGAAGGACGACCGGGUCCACCGCUCUGGAGAACGCGUGCAGACGGAGGCAACCGGGCGGAGGAGAACCCUGAAUAAGGAACCGCGUCGUAGAACUGCGUCGUAGAACCGCGUCGUAGAACCGCGUCGUAGAACCGCGUCGUAGAACCGCGUCGUAGAACCUCACUGCCACCAGCUCCCCUCACAACCCCCCCAGGACGUCCCCCGCCUGUGAGAAUGAACCGUUUACAAGUGCACGUAUAUUUGUAAUCCAAGCGUUCCGGUUUCUUCCCGACGCGAUCCUGUUGCUCCACAUGUUCUGUUUCCCGUUGCCAUGGUAGCCGCUCCCACAUGCCUCCGUGGUGUGGUGGUGUGUUUAUAUUAGGUUCCUGCUGAACCUCCCUGCCUGGUGUUCCUAUCUAAAGACGUUUCUGCCAAUGUCUGCAGAAAGCAAAUAAAGAGAAAUGACGCACAAAC